AUGAAGCAGACGCUUCUUGCCCUCGGGGCUUUCUUUACAGCCGUCACGGCUAUCGCCCUUCCUCUUGACUCUUUGCAGUCGAACCCUCAUCUCACACCUCUGAAGCCUCGUCAGGGUUGUGAAAACACUCCGACUUCCCGUGAAUGCUGGGGAGAGUUUGGUCUCGAUACCAAUUACUACACCACCUGGCCCAACACCGGAAACACCAGGGAGUACUGGCUCUCUGUCCAGCAGGGAGACUGCUCCCCUGACGGCUACCUUCGAACCUGCAUGACCUUUAACGGCACUAUUCCUGGCCCCACGAUCUUUGCCGAUUGGGGUGAUGACCUUGUCAUCCAUGUCACCAAUAACAUGCUGGAGAACGGGACAGCCAUUCACUGGCAUGGUCUCCAUAUGAGAGAUAACUCUCUUAAUGAUGGCGUGCCUGGCGUUACUCAGUGUGGUAUCCGCCCUGGUGACACCCAAACCUACCGGUUCAAGGUCACCCAAUAUGGCUCGACUUGGUACCACUCUCAUUUCUCUCUGCAGUACGCUGAAGGUCUCUUUGGCGGCAUGAUCUUCAAUGGUCCCGCUACUGCAGACUAUGAGGUUGACCUUGGCAACUUGUUCCUCUCUGACUGGGGCCACACCGAGGCAUUCCAUCUCUGGAGUACUGUCGCCAAGGGCGGUAGACCUCCCACGCUUGAAACAGGUCUCAUCAACGGCACCAACACCAUUACCCCUAACUGCAACCCUGCCACCGACGCUCGCUGCGUUGGACAGGGUGCAAAGCACGAGAUCAUUUUCAAGGAGAACACAACAUAUCUUAUCCGUCUCGUCAACCCAGCUGUUGACUCAGUGUUCGACUUCAGCAUUGAUCAGCAUGACCUGACUGUUAUCGCCCAAGAUCUUGUCCCAAUCAAGCCUUACACCACAGACUCGGUUCAGAUCUCCAUGGGUCAAAGAUAUGAUAUCGUCGUCACAGCCAAACCCAAGAACAAGACAGCCGACGGCAACUACUGGCUCCGCGCCGGACUCAUCGCAGGAUGCAGCGGUCCCAACCUCAACGCUGCAAGCAUCACCGGCAUUGUCCGCUACGACGAGGAUAGCACCGCCCUCCCCUCCUCCACCAACCACAACACCAUUUCCACCAGCUGCCUCGGCGAACCUCUCGCCAGUCUCGAGCCCUACCUCGAACUGAACGUAACAAACAUGUUCAACACCACCCUCGAGAACCUGGGCACAAGGCCACAGGGCGUCGACGGCGCGGAGUGGUUCCAGUGGACGCUCAACACCUCCUCCCUGCACCUCGACCCGUCCCACCCCACGCUGGAGCACGUCUUCAACAACGAAAGCAUCUUCCCCACCCCUUACAACGUGGUGGGCGUGCAGCCUUCCGGCACCGGUGAGCAGCAGUGGCAGGUGCUCAUCAUCCAAGACCAAACUCAGAUUGGCGCCGCCCACCCAAUCCACCUCCACGGUCACGACUUCUGGGUAUUGGCCGCGGUCCCCCAAGCAACCUUCAACGGCGACACCUCCGGCUUCAACACCGCCAACCCCUCCCGUCGCGAUGUCGCUGUCCUCCCUGGCCGCGGCUACCUUGCUAUCGCGUUCGAGCUCGACAACCCCGGUGCUUGGCUGGUGCACUGCCACAUCGCCUGGCACGCCAGCCAGGGCUUGUCCCUGGAAUUUGUCGAGAGCCAGAGCAAGAUCAGGAGUGGACUGCUGCAGAGGGACAUCGAUGAGUUUGAGCGGACUUGCCAGAGAUGGACGGGCUGGCCGCCUGUUCACCCGCAGGAGGACUCUGGUAUCUAA